UAAAAUGGCGGCGGCGACAGCGGCUGCGUCUCGGGAGCGCCGUUCCCGGUCACAUGACCGCCCGAUCUGGGAGGGGGAGCCGGGAGUGUUUUCUCUUUCAUUUCCGACGGGCUUCCACACGUAGGAGACCCGGCAGCGCCUUCUGUUCCUUGUCAGAACCUGGGUCUGGCGGCGGGUGGAUCGCCGAGGGGCGGCGGCGGCGGCCGGGAGGCGGAGACGCGUCUCCACCCAGCGCGUGCCGCUCUGGACGCGCCCUCCUCCCCCGCCGCCGCCACUGGGAGCGGAGCGGGGCGGAGAGAGGAAAGCGUUCAGGUAAAAAUGGCACAGAACAAAUACCUCGCAGCAAAACUGAAAAACUAUUUGCGAGAAGACAAAAUUCAGCUAUGGAAACCCCCAUAUACAAACAGCUACCAGGAGGCGGGUGAGGAGCUGAAGGAUCUCGCACUGCAAUAUUCAGCCAGGCUAAAUUGUAAUGACAAUGAAAUAGAGGCCCUCCUGGAAGAGAUACGCUCCAAAGCAGUCGAGCGAGGAACGAAAAAUGAAGCUUAUAAGAUGACGGGAGUUGCGACGCUUGAAGUAGCCUUGCCUACAAGGAUGGGUAAAGCAAGAAAAAAUGUGCUGGAGACAAAUUUGGUCAUCACAGGCAAGGAGCUCAGAUCUCAAAUAGCACAAGCAUAUGGAUUGGAAGAAAAUUGCAUCAAAAUAAUUAUAAAUAAGAAGCAGCUUGACUUGGGAAAGACUCUAGAGGAGCAAGGUGUGACGCACAAUGUCAAGGUCAUGGUGCUUGAGCUAAAACUGUCCGAAGAGGAAACCAGGAAGAAAGUCCGCAAUGAGGAAAUGGAACAGGAGGAAGAGGCUGUGAAGAAAAAAGAAAUGAACAAAAGGAUGCAAAGGACAAAAAAAGGCUUAGAAAUACUUGCAGAGCGAGAGGAUUCUAUGGAUCCCGACAGAGCACCUUACCUGGACAUAGCAAACCAAACCGGAAGAACAAUCAAGAUUCCCCCACAAGCAAAAAAAGCUCUUUUCUUAGCCAUGGGCUAUCAUGAAAAGGGCAGAGCAUUGCUGAAGAAAAAAGAUUAUGCUAUGGCGCUGCCGUUCCUGUUGGAUGCAGAUAAACAUUUCUGUGAAUGUGGUUCAGACCUCCUGAACACUGUUGAUAAUUACGCAGUGUUGCAGCUGGACAUCGUCUGGUGCUACUUCCACUUGGGUCAGCUGGAUUGCCUUGAUGAUGCUGAGAAAAAGCUCCUUGCAGCUCAUGAUUGUUUCAGGAGGUGUUACGGAGAGAACCACGAAAGACUGGUCACUAUAAAAGGAAGCUCUGGGAGAGAGAAGGCUUUGUUUCUAAGGCUGUACUUGCUUCAAGGAAUAAGCCAUUAUCAUAAUGGCAGAGAGAGGGAGGCUGGUGAAAAUCUUCAAAGGGCACAUGCCUUGUUUAAAGAGUUGUGCAUCGAUCCUGACAAGAUAAAUAGCUUGUUACUACUGGGAUUCUCUGCUCAGGAAGCCCGCCUGGGUCUCCGAGCUUGCGAUGGGAAUGUGGACCAUGCUGCCAGUCACAUUUCCAACAGGAGAGAGGAAAAAGCUCAAAUAAGAAGAGAGGAGAAAGCUAAAAGAAGAAAGCGAUUGGAGGACAUUAACUCCUUGAAGAGUAUGGGCUAUUCAGAGCGAACUGCCAGAGAAGCUCUUCAUAAUGCAAAAGGAGACCUUGAACUAGCAGUUAAGAUUAUGCUUGAAAACCCCCACCUACUCCUGUCAGAUGAUGACGAUCCAGUGCCAGGGAACCAGUUUCAAGUUCCCCAGGAAAGUAUUGAUCAAUUGGUGUAUAUGGGCUUUACUCCUGAAGCAGCGGAGCAAGCUCUGAAAGUGUUUAAAGGCAACAUUCAGCUGGCUGUGCAAAUGCUUGCUCAUUAUGGGGGAUCUCUCCCAGCUGAAUUGCAGACCACUUCAGAUAGCAUCACUCCCUCAGAUGAAUCCAGUUCGUCAAAAGACUCUGCAGAGAAAAGGAAAAAGAGAAAAGAAGAAAGAGGAAAAACUCAAGGCACUUCCGGGGCUUCAACUGAUGAAGACAUGGAAGUAGAUGCUGUCAAUGAAAUCUUAGAGGACAUCCCAGAGCACGAAGAAGAUUAUCUGGACCUAACUCUGGAAGAGGAAGAGCUUGUCAUCAAUGAAUACCUCUCUUACAUACAGCACCUGCAAACACAGUCCCAGUAGGCAAAUUCUGAAAGACUCCAGUAUCACUUACAUGAACCAGCUUUUGGGGGGCUUAGAUACAGGGGGGAAAUUAGUUGCAUGUAAGUCGCAGUGAAGUCAGUGGGUCAAGUUGGUCAUGACUAAUUUUAAGUGUAAUGUACUUAGUCUAGAUUAGGACCGUGGACUUCUAAUACUUAGAUUGCAAAUAUGUCUGACCCUCUUUUUGCCAAAUGCCUUAAGUUAAGUCAGUUGCAUAUUUUUUUAAAACAAACACUGGCAUGAGUAAAACUGUAGUACUAUUAAUCUAGAGUGAUACUGGAGGGGAAUACAUUUAAUUGUAGAACAAAAAUAUUUGCAGAAGAAAUAUUUUUAUAGAGAGCUUCGAUAUAUUAUAUUGGUGUGAAAUGCAUCUAUUUAAUUAGUAGAGCAAAUAAAAUCAGUUCUGCAUACAUUCACAAAACCCAGAUUUCUUUUAAAACCACAGAUGAUCUGAUUGUGGCAGCACAUACAUAGUAUCCACUGUGACUAGCUCUGAUAUCUUCUGGUUGCAGAAAUAGAGACCUAAGUGUAUAGAUUUUGUCCAUUCUUACAGAGCUUUUUCUGGCCAUCCUGUAUUCUAGAGCCAGCUGUAAAUCUAUUGUGCAUGGACUUUAAACAGUUCCUUUUUUCAAUAAUGCAGUAGCAACCAAUAACCCCCCCCCCACCAACCCAUCACAUUUAUUGAAGUUUCCCCAUAAAGCUCAGGAUUGCCCACUUGGAAGUGGUAGGCAUUGAAGUUAAUUAUCUUUAAAGGAAGAGGCUCUUGGGCAGUGUCCCAUGUUGCUUUUCCCUGCUGAUGCUUUUCCCUGGAAAAGUGAUGCAAGUGUGCAUAUUCAUAGUAUACAAAUAGCCAGACAUGUGUUUGAACUUCAAUUGCAGCACAUCAGUUUAAGAGGCUUUUGUUUCAAGGGGGUCCAACUGCAGCCAUUUUGAGACCUCUUCCCCUUGUCAAAAUGCAAAUGAAAGCAAUACUGCAAGCAGAGCUUUUAGAAAUGGGCUGGUGGGUUCUCCUGAGCCUGUUCAAGGAGAAAAUUGUGUGGCCUCACUUGCACUAAAUCAAACCAUGACUUAGCAAAAAGGAACAAGCAUGCCAGGCACUCAGAGCAAAUAUCAUGGUCACUAGGCCGUGGUUCAGUUUAGCGCUGUGAGUGAACGUAGAUUUGUGGUGUGUCUCCCUGAAACAAACCACUAGUGGUGAAUCCAGAACAAACCACAAACUUGGAUUCACACACAACACCAAGCCCAAACCAUGCCUUAGCUCUGGGUAAAAUGGCAGCAGCAGGACAAGGGGAGGAGUGAAAGGGCUGUGGUUUUUGCUCUGGGUACCAGCACACCUGCUCAUUUUUGACAAGCCAUAAUUUGGCUUAGUGUUAUGCGCAACCUGUGACAUGGUCUUUAGACUAGGCUGUGCUUGUUCAGUAGUUCCAAAAUUUAAGGUUUCUUGCCUUAAAAAUAGAAGUGUGUUAAAAGUAGAAAGGCAGGCGCCAUGCUGUGUUAAACCAGCGGCCCAUCCAGUUCAGUACUGAUGACUCAUGCCAUGAUUGGCUCUGAGGGAUCUCAUGCAAAGAAACACCUUUUCCAGUUUUUGCAAUAUCCCGUAACUGCUAAAUUUGUGUCUUCAGUAAUUCAUCCUGCACUGUGCUCACUGCUGAUUAGCAAACCUUGGAAAAUUAACUUGCAAAUUGCAGCCAUAGGGAGCUUGUAGGUGGCUUCGAUCUGGACAGGGUUGGCAAUGUGGUAUGAUUCUUCCUUGUACUGCUGGCUUACAAAUCACUCCCCUCCUUUAUCCUUCCAAUGCAAAUUGGAUUGAGGGGUGAUGUUGUCACCUAACUUGUUUUUUUUUUAAGCGUUUGCUGAAUUCAUCCUGGAUACCACACACCAGGCCAAGUUGGUGGUGUGACUGUGGACCUCAACUUAAGCCCCUCUUGAUAACCAGACAGGGAACUACUGGUUGUAGUGGUGAUGUAGACACAAUCUUAUGUGCAUUUAUGUAUAACACCAGUUUUUGCAGCUAUAAACACGGGGCAGUAAAUAAAGAAUUGUUGGUAAAAAA